AAUAGAAGUGAGCCACGGGAGGCGAGAGCGCGGAGAAGUGAACAACCAGCGCGACGCGACGCCCGCGCCCAGCCCACCCACGCUCUCGCUCUGCUUGCCUGCGUGUUCUCCUCGGCUCCUCCUCUCCUCGUCCUCGCCCGCUCGCGCAGUCGCUUCGCCGCCUUCCCCAGAUCCAAACCCCGCGUAUUAAAAAAGCGCUCAACAAAGCGACCAAAACCCUAACCCUAAUCACCAGCAGUUCCACAAUCCCUGGUCCUGCGCAAAACCCUAGCCCAGCCCCACCUACCCGUCCCUCUCGCCGCCGCCGCCGCCAUGGCAGGCUCAUCCGGCGGGGCAGCCUCCUCCUCGUCCUCCCGUGGCGUGCCGGAGAACAGGUUCUACAACCCUCCCCACGUACGGCGCCAGCAGCAGCAGGAGCAACAGCGGUUGCGGUCCGCGUCGCCGUCGCCGUCGCUGUCCCCGUCGCCGUCGCCGCGGUCCGCGAGGCAGAAGGCCCCGCCGCCGCCGCCGGGGGCAGGUGCCGUGGCCGCGUCGGUGGAUGUGGACAGCCGGUCGGACGACUCCUCGUCGACCACCUCGUCAAAGCCGUCGGUGGCGUCCACGGCGACCACGGCGGCGGCGCCUGAGGUGAAUGUGGCCGCAGCGGCGGUGGCGGAGGCUGGGAAUUUGGAGAGGUUUCUCACCUCCACGACGCCCUCCGUGACCGCGCAGUACUUGCCCAAGACAACCCUAAGGAUGCGGCGAGGUGGUGAUGCUAUGGAUUCACGGCCUUAUUUCCUCCUGGGAGAUCUUUGGGAAUCUUUCAGGGAAUGGAGUGCUUAUGGGGCUGGUGUUCCACUGGUGUUAAAUGGCAUUGACUCUGUGAUUCAGUAUUAUGUGCCAUAUCUUUCUGCUAUUCAACUAUUUGUGGAUCCAUCUAGACCAGCUUCAAGCAACAGGCGUCCUGGGGAUGAAAGUGAUGGGGAAUCUAUGGAUACUAGCAGUGAGAGCAGCAUUGAGAAUGAUGUUGAGCGGCUAAGAGUCUCAUCAUCACUGGAAGGUACACAUCGACUGGAAAAUGGUGGCGUACGAAGUGAUGAUGGUGAAGGCAAUGCAUCUUCAAGUUUUCCUAUAUUUGAGUAUAUGGAGAGGGAUCCUCCAUAUGGUAGAGAGCCUCUGACAGACAAGGUAUCAACUCUUGCACAUAGAUUUCCAGCACUGAAGACAUUCAAAAGCUGUGAUCUGCUGCCAUCGAGCUGGAUGUCUGUUGCAUGGUACCCCAUAUAUAGAAUUCCAACAGGGCCAACAUUGAAGGAUCUUGAUGCAUGUUUUUUGACAUUCCAUUGCCUAGCAACACCUUGCAAGGAUUGUGAUCCUCCUACGCCAGCAUGCCCUGGCUUUGGAGGAAUCAACUGCUGCACAACUGCAACUGGGAAACUAUUGUUGCCAACCUUUGGGCUGGCACCUUACAAAUUCCGUGCCUCCAUUUGGACAUCUGACAGAACCCAAGAGCGGGACCGUGUCACCUCACUGAUGCAGGAGGCUGACAGCUGGCUCCGCAGAAUACAUGUAGACCAUCCGGAUUUCCGGUUCUUCGUCUCCCAUUUCAGUACAACGUGGAGAUGACUCAUGGCUGUAAAUGGUUUUUUAGUAUGAUUACUGCCUCGCCGUCCAAACUGAACCCCCUAAUGCACAUGUGUCUACGGCGCAUCGCAUAGAGAACGAGUGCCCUCUUGUAACGGGGGUUGUAUGAGUUAUAAGCCUGCAUGCUAACUUUUUCCCUGUCUCCAAUAAGUUGUCUGUUGUAGGUUGGUUUGUGUUGUUGGAAAGUAAAGAUGGAUGGUGGAAAAAGCAGAAUUGGAGACAAUGUAGAACUGAAUGAAAGAAACAAUAGAGGAGAAAAAAAAUAAAGAUUUCCUAUUA